AUAGUUUCUUCUUUUUCUCUUCUCCUUCUCCCUUUCUUCUCUUCAUAUCUCUCUUUAUUAUGCACUCAAUUAUAGACAAAAGUUGGAGGGCCUAGCAAUUGGCCUAGACUCCUCCAACCCCCGAUGCUGGAUUCAUCUUUCGCAAGAGGAGUAUCCACGCCUUCUUCUCUUGAUUUUAGCCUGUUUUCUUUUUUCCUUUUUUCUUUUCCAUCUUCUUUCUACAAUCCAUCCAUUUAUCUUUUCACUUUUCAUCUUUUCUUUGACGAUCGUCUCGUCUUUUCUUUAUUUCCUUUGUUAUUUCCUUUCUAUUUCCUUUCUAUUUCCUUUCUAUUUCCUUUCUAUUUCCUUUCUAUUUCCUUUCUAUUUCCUUUCUAUUUCCUUUUUUUCUUUCCUCUCUUUCCGUCCUGUCUUACUUAUGAGAAGGAUACAAUUCACUUGUACACCUGAUGGUUGAUAGCGCAUGUACAUAGUCGAUGGUUAUGAGGCAAUGAAUGGAUAUGGCGGACUUUGCGGGGAGGAUGUUCUUUUUCCUAUGGCCCCAGCCCAUCUGCCUAUACCUAGGCCACACAGCUAGAGCAUCAUACCAAAUCUAACAGCGGUGUCUUAUUUUACUUUUUUGGUCCUUC